GACCCGGUUUGCGCUGUCGGCGUGCAUUUGUGUGUGACUGGAAACAUGUCGGCAAGGAUUGUGCACACCGGAAGAUCAAUGAAAUCUACCAAAACCUAAAGAACCAGUGCAAUUUCACAAUUUAAAAGAAUUUGACAUAGUCCAGGACCCUUUUCCACGGUUGUGUUACCUCUCUGACUCGCGUUUUAGCUUAUUCAGUGGUAGAAGUAUCCAAAACGAAUGGUGGAAGUCGAAUAGAGUCUCGAAGUAGGCUAGGCGGAGAGGAGUGGAGAGUGAAGGGCUCGGCAGGUAGAGACGAGCGCUCGCUUUUGAGGAAUGUUAUCCGUACUCUCCUAUGGAAGAUUGGUUGCGAGGGCUGUCCUUGGCGGACUCUCUCAAACUGAUGGUCGGGACUACAGCCUGGUCACAGCUAGUUGUGGGUUUGGGAAAGACUUUCGUAAGGGGAUAUUGAAGAAAGGGAUGUGCUACGGGGAUGACGCUUGUUUCAUUGCCCGGCAUAGGUCCGCCGAUGUAUUGGGUGUGGCGGAUGGUGUAGGUGGAUGGAGGGACUACGGGGUGGACCCGUCCCAGUUCUCUGCCACCCUGAUGAGGACGUGUGAGCGGCUGGUGAAGGAGGGCCGCUUCACCCCCAGCAGCCCUGUGGGGAUCCUCACGUCAGGCUACUAUGAGCUUCUACAGAACAAAGUACCCCUGCUAGGGAGCAGCACAGCCUGUAUUGUGGUUUUGGACCGACGGAGCCAUCAACUGCACACGUGUAAUCUAGGUGACUCUGGUUUCCUGGUGGUGCGAGGGGGAGAAGUGGUGCACCGCUCGGAUGAACAGCAGCACUACUUCAACACCCCUUUUCAGCUGUCCAUUGCUCCCCCAGGUGCAGAGGGAGUGGUACUCAGUGACAGCCCUGAGGCCGCUGACAGCUCCUCCUUCGACGUCCAGUUGGGUGACAUCAUCCUGACUGCCUCGGAUGGCCUCUUCGACAACAUGCCCGACUACAUGAUCCUGCAAGCGCUCAAAAAGCUCAAGAGUACCAACUAUGACAGCAUCCAGCAGACCGCACAGAGCAUUGCAAAGCAAGCCCAUGAACUGGCCUAUGACCCCAACUACAUGUCCCCUUUUGCUCAGUUUGCCUGUGACAAUGGUCUGAAUGUAAGAGGGGGGAAGCCUGAUGACAUCACGGUGCUGCUGUCCAUUGUGGCAGAAUACACAGACUAAGUGUGUGUGAUGUUUAUUGGAACUGUUCACUUCCUUCCCUCUGUCAGUCUUCCACCUGGCUCCUUCUCAAAUGCAUUGCUUCGUGUUGGACAGACUGGGGAGCCCCCCCCCAUCCCUUCACUGACCUUUCUAUCUCACAGCCACAAAAUAGAACACACACUCCUCACCACAGAAUUGGACUCCAUCUCUAUUCUUCCAUUUUGUUUUGGUACUGUAGUGAGGAGGCAGGCUGCAAGUACUUUCUCAUGUUGAUCGUGAUACAGAACGGCAUGUUGGUUACCCACAUUCAGACUACGACUGAAUGGCAGUCCUGAGUGUAGGCAAGUUUGCUUUUGCAGGGAGUUGUGCUCGUUAGCCCUGAAACAAGCAGUGGUGUUAUACAUCAAAUAAGCCAUGCUUUGGAGUUGUUGGGGAGAUGUGGUUGUGUUGCCUAUACAUUUUGAUUCUGUCUGUGUUGUAGCUGUGUGACUAUCUGUUCCAAGUCGUCUGUGUGUGUGGAUGAAUACUAAGGCUGUGGAAUUGAGAGGGGCUGGGUUGUUGCGGGGUUUAGAGAGGUUACAGUGACUUGUGAUCAGAAAGGAUGUAGAUCAGCGCGUCAGGGUCUUGGAUUAGGAUACAGGGGUAGCUGGCCAGUAUAAUGUACUAGCUCAGCUAGCAGAGAUCUCUCCAGAGUGCCACCUAUAGGCUAGUCUGAACUGUUCUGCUGGUGCGCACAUCCUCAUGGGUUUGUAAAUAUUGUGUGUCAUGUAACAAGGCAGAGAGUGUCUUCACUUUGUCACUGAUAAGGAUGGUUAUUUUGCUGUUGUGCCAGAUGUGGACACAAGCAUUCACAAUCUAUAAAGGGUUGAACCUUGAAGUAAAUACUCUCAAUCCCUCCCUUCCAUGGGCCGAAAGAACCACGAUGUUGACGUGUUCAUACCAUGAUCAUGUUUGACUCGGUAGCCAUGAAAUGAUUGUGUGUGUGUGUAAAAAGUGGAUGUAGGUUCUUGUUUGAAUGUCUCUUGUUGAUAUGUGUUAACUUGCAACGCUAAUGGUAGCAUCUAGGAAUGCUUUCAACCGAAACAAUAGGUCAGGUAUGAAUUAUUAAACAAAGUUUUAUUUUUAUAUCUUAAUGUUAUUAGUUUGGUAGCCAUUGAUGUGACAGUUGAAAUAUCAUCCAACAUAUGGAUUCACCCUGUGAUUCUUUUGUGAAGAUAUAUUUUGCUCCAUGGAUGGCAAAUAAGAAUCAUGCCAUCUUACUAUUAAGCAAGAAUCCGUCUUUGUGUGGUGGGUGUCAUCUCAAAAUUGUUUUUGUUCUGUCUCCCAAUAACAAUUUACCUGCUGCUUUUAUUUUGUCAAUUAAAUGUGUUUAAUACUGUACAUUA